UGGCUUCAUUGUUGAUCAUUCGUGUAAUAAGUGCGCGCGCGUCUUGAGGACAGUAUUUAAAAUGUUUCGACAAACGUUGUUUAUUUCUCUUUUGUUUUUCCUCGUGGUGAAAAUUUCCCAUUCGCAGCGGGAAAAGAAGUUUUUUCGCAAAGACUACAAAUACAUAGAAGCGACUGAGAGCUUUUACAAGAUCCAUACCAUUCACAAAACGUGGCAAGAUGCCAAGGAUGUGUGUGCCAUGGAAGGAGCCACGUUCUUUGUGCCCGAGGACCAGGGAGAAGCUGAUGCUGUGUUGGCGUUUUGGAAUGCAACACAACCCUACUCAUGGGUGUACAUUGGAGUGUCCAGCUUAAUUGUGAAGGGUGUCUUCGAGACUGUAGAGGGCCAGCCAAUAUCAGACGUAUACUCCAAUUGGGGCCCCGGGGAACCGAACGAUGCAAACGGCGAGGAAGACUGCGUGAUCCUGCGCAGAGACGGAACCCUUAACGACGUCAAUUGCGUCAACAAGUACCCCUUCGUGUGCAAGAAAACACUCGACUCUUUGGAAUGGAACAUCAAGUGCGACAUGCCUAAUAUGGAUUACGUAUUCAACGAAGCUCUGGGUAAAUGCUACAAGUUUCACCUCGACCCAAGGACGUGGCGUGAAGCGUACGCAGUGUGCAGCGCUGAGUCGUCAUACCUGGCCAUCAUUGACAGCCAAGCUGAGGCUGAUCAUCUCGUCAAAAUCACAGCAGAAGCCCCCAAGGACGAUGUCCAGGGCGACUUCUUGCGAGGCGCCGUGCAUUUGGGCUUCCACAAAAGGAAAGACGGAUGGAAGACCAUUAGAGGUACAAAGCUAGAAAACAGUGGUUAUUCAAAAUGGGGCAACCAACAGCCUGACGGGGGUGACAAUGAGACCUGCGGAACGAUGUUCUACAACGGUCACUUAAACGACCUUAAGUGCGAUCAUAAGUGCUUCUUCAUUUGUGAACAUGAUGUGGGUAGCCUAAGUAAUUCUUUGGAUUUUAAAUUUGGAGAUGAUGAGUAACUUGAUAAAGAAGGGUAGUUGAAUGGAAAGUAAAAGGUCUAUCUGAUAUGCUCAAACUUACUCUUUAAAUAAGCACAGUAAAUGUAGUGUUGUUUUAAGGUGUGGUUUUUUGGAUGGUGGUCGCUUGACACCACGACCACUUUGGUCAUAGCGUGCUUUGUUUGGACCCGAUAUUAUGACUCGAAUAUGUCUUGUUAAUUUGUGUGAUAAUUGGGUAUUAGCCACCACUCCCCAACCCCAAUAAUCUAAAGCACAACUUUUUAAAAAGGCACUUCAUUCUGGUCUUAAAAACUUAAUUAAUUUUAAAUUACCUGUAAAUUAAGAUUUUUGGUUGCAUUGUAUUUGAAAAAAGUAGUUUGAGUUGACAAAAUAAAAAAGUGACGUCACUGGCUAGUAUUGCCAUACAAAAUCUAUGGGAGAGUCUCAUUUUGACAGUUCAAAAAGUACGCCAAUUGAUUGGUGGUGGCAAAUACCCUAUUCAAGUUUACUGUAUGAUGUUAUUGGUAUCUUAGAGGCAUGCUACUGUUCUUACCUACUGUUAAUAUGUAAAUAGUACAUACCUACUCACAUACAGUUUGAAAAACUUGGAUGAAACAAUAAACUGUCAUAAUUUUUUUCAGAAUAAUAAUAGAAUAAAAAUAGUUAUACCUACUUUACUAUCUUAGGUAAUAUUUUAAACGAUAAAUGACUAUGUUUUGUCUCGAUAUGUUUUGAAACGUGUUAUUUUUAGGUAUCGCGGCUGCUUAAUCCGUAGGUUAUGUUAGUACUCGAUCCCUGGCCUGUACCUACUACUGAUUGUGACUUAAAACUGUAUAAUAAGUAUAACUAGAAAUUAAAUAAUACUUAUAUGUAUAGCACUACUAUCUACUGCGUCUACUGCACAUCGUACCUACUAAAUGUUUUUGUUGCAAUAUAGCAUCUAUUGUAAAUACAUUAGACGCCAAACCUCUAUACUAUACAAAUAAUAUUAGUGAAGACGUGUUUCAUUCCACCAUAAGAAUCUUGCCAUUGAGGAAAAAAACUAAAAUCAAAGGUACAAUUAAGAUAUG